CUGGGCUUGCCUGGCAUUAAGGCGAAGAGACCCAUUUCCUUGACCGCCGCCGAGCGACCCAUGUCCCCCCUGGUCACCGCCGCCUGCUGCUGCUGCCCCCGCCGCCGCCCGUCGCCGCCUUCUUCCCGGGCCAGCUCUCUCCAGAGGAAGGAACUGACCCUGCAGGACUUACCGGAGGACCUCUUCCUCGACGUGCUCUCCAGGGUUCCCAAGCAGGACCUGAUCCACAACUGCCGGCUGGUCUGCAAACGGUGGCGUUACCUAGUAGACCUCCCCGUGGUCUGGAAGAGGAAAUGCGAGCAACUGGGUUUCCGCCUGGAGCAGCUGGAAGGCAGCCUUCCCGAUUGGAGGGCCUUCUUCUUCAGUUUGAGCGCCAGGAAUCUCCUGAGGAACGUUUGCGGAAGAGCGGGGCUGAGAUAUUGGGAACUGCGUUCUGCGGACUGGAUGGCAGACUGGAUGCCCGAGGAUAUCCCCAGAGGGUUCAAGAGGCAUUUCCCCAAGAUAUUUAGGAAAAAACGCAAAUCUCCUCUUCCAGACACUGUUUGGACGUGCUUUGUCCCAACAUGGCAUCAAAAUGGCGGCCUGAGGUUUUUUGUGAAGAAGGCACAACGGGUCACCUUGAAGGAUAAAGGGAUCCCAAACUGGGUAAUGGAUGAAAUGAAGCCCCAAAUCAUGGUGAAGGAUUGGUAUUUUAAUGUGGACAAUUCCCACUACCAGCUGACGGUGAAGCUGCUCUCUGCCGAUUGCCAAGUCCUCCAAGAUUACUGCAAGAUGUUUGAAGUCCGAGAACGAGUGCCUACGGUGGAAGAAUGGCGGGAGGUUUCGUACAUCUUUGACAAUUAUCCGUCUGGAGUGCGCUAUAUCGAUUUUGAGCACCGAGUGGGUUGGCGGUCCGCGGUGAAAGUAACCAACAGUAGCAUCGCAGUUGAUUUAGUAUGAUGAGGGGGGUGGCUUAGCCCAGGGCUCUUCAUUUAGCACUUUUAUGCUUUGAUAUUGUUUUAGAAGGGAGGGAUUUUCUCUGUUUCUAUGUAUUUUCUGAAAGCUGUAUGUUUACACUUGCACCAUAAAUGCUGCUGAUCAUUGCACGGGACAAUGGCAAUAUUUUCAGAUCUUGGGGAGUUGCGGGGAAUAGCAAGGAGAACAGAUUAUGGAGGUAAUUCCCAUGUUUAUUGUUAAAAGUUCAGGUGAGACAGCACAGAAGGCUCUUUUGCACGCAUGUUCUGUGACCGAGACACGGACUUCACAAGCAAUGUUUGGGACAAGCGAGAACAAAUAUGAAGCCAGAACACAUGCGGGCAACAGGGAAAUUUGAUUUUUUUUUUAAUGUGUUAAAUGCCUCGAUUGUGACUUGCUAAUUAUCGAUAUUCACUAUAAUUUGCUUUCUCCCACACUGUUUCUUUUAGGCAGUUUUGAUCUGAAAUAUAUUUAAACAGUAAGACCUCUGAAGUUCCAGGCCAAAUUGUCAAAGGUUAUUUUAGUUGUCUGAACACGAGUACAGGAUGUAGUUAAACAUGGUGUUUAAAAAAAGAAAGGUGGGGAUAAACCAUCUUUUCUUUGGAAUCUGCUUGCUAGGAAUGUCUGCUCAGGCUCCCUUCUAACUCUCAGUUUUCCAUGGUCGAACACUCUUUGUAAAUGUCUCGUAUCUCUUGCUGUCAUCGGAUGCUUUUGAAUUAUUUUGUAAAAUUAAAGUCACUUGGGAUUUUUUGUUAAA